AUGGGCGACCCGGAGGUCCUGGAGAUGGUGAUGGAGGAAGAAAGAAGAUACAGAAGGGACUCAAGCUUUGUUUUAGAAAUGAGUGAGAGCUCGAGCAACAGAGAGACCAGCUGUCUCCUCAGUGAAGCAAGAGAGUUUGAUAAAGAUAAACAAAGCAAAGAUUCAAUCUUCUUUCGAGAUGGGAUUAGGCAAAUUGAUUUUGUGCUUUCCUAUGUUGAUGACAUAAAGAAAGAAGCGGACUUAAAGAUAGUUAGAAGAAGAAACUUUGAAGAAAAUCUCAGAAAAACAGGUCUUGAGUUGGAAAUUGAAGACAAAAGGAACUCUGAAGAUGGAAGAACUUACUUUGUCAAGAUCCAUGCCCCUUGGGAGGUAUUAGUUACUUAUGCUGAAGUGUUGGGAAUGAAAAAGCCUAUUAAAGAGAAUGAUAUCCCCCGACCAAAGAAAGCCCCCUUUAACUUCAUUCUUGGGCCUCUGAAGCUCCCAAAGAAUGUGAUGCAUCCUAAACCGGAAUAUUUCACUGUCCAAUUUACCAGACAUCGCCAGGAACUCUUCCUCAUUGAGGACAAGUCAAGCUUCUUUCCAUCCUCAGCAAGAAACAGAAUUGUUUAUUAUAUUCUUUCACGAUGUCCUUUUGGCAUAGAAGAUGGGAAGAAAAAGUUUGGGAUUGAAAGACUGCUGACUUCUCAUGCUUAUUCAUCUGCCUAUCCACUCCAUGAUGGUCAAUAUUGGAAGCCAUCAGAACCUCCUAAUCCUACCAAUGAAAGGUACAUACUUUUCCAGAAUUGGGCUCGGUUUUCCUAUUUUUACAAGGAGCAGCCUUUCGACUUGAUUAAGAAUUAUUUUGGAGAAAAAAUUGGCAUGUAUUUUGUCUUUCUCGGAUUUUACACAGAAAUGCUGGUCCUUGCAGCUAUUGUUGGUUUAGCUUGUUUUUGUUAUGGCUUAUUUUCCAUGCAUACUAGCACAGCCAGCGUUGAAGUCUGUGAUCCUGAGAUUGGAGGCCAGAUUAUCAUGUGCCCACUCUGUGACUUAUUGUGUGAUUUUUGGAGACUAAAUUCUACGUGUUUGUCUUCAAAGGUUUCUCAUUUAUUUGAUAAUGAGUCAACAGUGUUCUUUGCAAUAUUCAUGGGAAUUUGGGUCACAUUGUUUUUGGAGUUUUGGAAACAACAUCAAGCAAGACUAGAGUAUGAGUGGGACCUGGUGAACUUUGAGGAGGAGCAGCAGCAGCUUCAGCUGAGGCCUGAAUUUGAAGCCAUGUGUAAAAAGAGGAAACUUAAUCCUGUGACUCAGGAGCUGGAGCCUCACAUGCCUCUGAAGAAUCGGGUUCCAUGGUAUUUCUUAUCAGGAGCCACAGUGACAUUAUGGAUGUCUCUUGUCAUUGCCUGUUUGGUGGCUGUGAUUGUGUACCGCCUGUCAGUCUUUGCUACAUUUUCCAGAUUCAUGGAAAGUGUAGCAUCCUUAAAGCAUGUCAAAAGUUUUCUCACUCCUCAGAUAGCUACAGCACUCUCUGGGUCAUGCUUGAACUUUAUUGUCAUCUUGAUCUUGAAUUUCUUUUAUGAAAAGAUAUCUGCCUGGAUUACAAAGAUGGAAAUCCCUCGAACUUACCAGGAGUAUGAAAGCAGCCUAACCCUGAAAAUGUUCCUGUUUCAGUUUGUAAAUUUUUACUCAUCAUGCUUCUACUUAGCUUUCUUUAAAGGGAAGUUUGUGGGCUAUCCUGGAAAGUACACAUAUUUGUUUGGUGUGUGGAGAAAUGAAGAGUGUGACCCUGGAGGCUGUCUAAUAGAACUGACAACCCAGAUGACCAUCAUAAUGACUGGGAAACAGAUCUUUGGAAACAUUCAAGAAGCCAUUUAUCCCUUGGCUCUGAAUUGGUGGAGACGCCGAAAAGCUCGCACCAACUCUGAAAAGUUAUAUAGUCGAUGGGAGCAGGAUCAUGACCUUGAAACUUUUGGAAGUCUUGGACUAUUCUAUGAAUACUUAGAAACAGUUAUUCAAUUUGGAUUUGUUACCUUAUUUGUGGCCUCUUUUCCUUUGGCUCCUGUUCUUGCUCUCUUGAAUAAUAUUAUAGAGAUUCGAGUGGAUGCCUGGAAACUUACUACUCAGUACAGGAGACCCGUAGCAUCUAAAGCUCAUAGCAUAGGUGUUUGGCAAGAUAUUCUGCAUGCAAUGGCUGUUCUUUCUGUUGCAAGUAAUGCUUUUACUGUUGCAUUUACAUCGGACAUCAUUCCUCGUUUAGUUUACUCCUAUGCCUACAGUACUGAUCCCAGUGACCCUUUGAGAGGAUAUGUCAAUAACAGCCUGUCAAUAUUCCUGAUAGCCGAUUUACCAAACGCCACUGCACCUUUGGACAUACGAGACUUCUCCACUUGCAGCACGUUGUGUUUCUAG